UCCCGAGUGGGCGUGUGAGAGACAGUACCAAGCGGAGGUCAAAUCCACUGGCGGAGUUGGAAAUACGCGUGGCUGUCUCCGGGAUAGAGACAAGUAACGUUAGAUAAUUCAGUUAGCGAUACGGUAGAUUAUAUACUUUACAGUGCAGUUAUUAGAGAUUCGAUUCAGAAAGAAGUCUAGCGGUGUCGACGUGUAGUUUGUCCGUGUCGUGCUAGCAGGCAGUAAACAGACAUCACGUUAGCUAACACUAAUGCUAACACAUGUCGCGUGCACAGCUCGUUAAGUAGCAUUACAACCAGAGUAAAAUGAUGACUUUUGCUCGUCAAAAGUCCAUAUUAUCAUCUCUCUAAAUCUAAUGCAUGGUGCAUCUUCGCAGAACGAUAGCGUUGGCUGCUAAUACGUUAGCUAGCUUCUGAUCUUCGCUGUCAUCUAUUUUGUCUUUGGAAACUUGUCACGGUCACAGCUGUCAUGUUUCACUCCGUUCCUCGUCGCCCGAUCUGUGAGAUCGGUGUAAAUACAAUAAGGCUUCAAAGCAGCAGAUCAUUCAAGCGGACCGUCGAGGAGGGCAGAGGAAAGCUUGAAAGCGUUCCGUGGCUGGGCAGAGGCAUGGGCCUGCUGUUGGCCUGGCUUCAGAGGGCAAGUGUUGGUGUUAGUGAAGCUGCGGGAUCUGGCCCAAAGAGGAAGGGCUUGCUCUCCAUUUUGGCGGACCACUGCAGCUUUGUGACAGGACAGAGGCUCCGACGUGCUUGUCAGAUCGGGGAGCUUUACUCAAACCUGUACUCUGAGCGGACCAGGCGGACCCUUGUUGGGAACAUAUGGCGCAGAUUUCAGAGCAAGCACGCCCCGACAGGGAGACUUAUCGCAGCCAUGGCUGGUAUCUUCAUGUGGGACAAGGAGAAGAUUCAGGAUGAGGAAAUUCGCAGAUGUGGACUUGAACUGCAGGCACUGGAUGCUGUGAAAAAUAUAAGCACAGCUUCAGGGACAGUGGUUGGACAGCUCGAACCUGGCUGGGAAGUGGUGAUGGAGAAGAAGAACUUCAAAGUGUGGAAGCGCCCUAUACCCAACAGUCACCUUUAUGAAUACAGAGUUUUGGGCUCCUAUGAUGAUGUCACCCCAAGACAGUUCUUCAAUGUACAGUUGGACACAGAGUACAGGAAGAAGUGGGAUUCUCUGGUUAUCAAGCUUGAAGUGGUGGACAGAGAUGCCAGUACAGGCUCUGAAGUUGUGCACUGGGCUACACACUUUCCUUAUCCCAUGUACUCAAGGGACUAUGUGUACGUGCGUCGCUAUGAUGUUGACCUUGAAAACAACCUAAUGAUCCUGGUAUCCAGAGCUGUGCAGCAUCCCAGAAUCCCAGAGACCCAGGAAUUUGUGAGAGUCCAUUCAUACCAGUCAAAGAUGGUCAUCCGCCCUCACAAGUCCUUUGAUGAGAAUGGAUUUGAUUACCUUCUGACCUACAGUGACAACCCUCAGACUGUCUUUCCCCGGUACUGUGUGAGCUGGAUGGUGUCAAGUGGUAUGCCUGAUUUCCUGGACAAGCUGCAUAAUGCUGCUUUGAGGGCCAAGAACUUAGAAAUGGGUAUACACGACUACGCAGGUGUCAUUAAACCCAGCGAUAGCAACCGCCAGCCGAGCCAGGAGCGCCUCAGUGGAGAAAACCCACAUGCGGGUGGUCCUGGACAGAUCUACGCUUGAGAUGGAUGUUUCAUAGACCAGGGGUUUAAUUGGUGUGUUGUCAUUUGCCCUUGAGCCCCAGAUAAACCCUCCAGCCCAACUUUUUUUGGGUACAUUGCGUGAUCUGCAAAUGGAAGUUGCAACCUGCUUUGGUAGAAAUAUUGUGUCCAUCGACAGACAUGGCUAUAUUGGUUGUAGAUGAUGUGAGACAAGAACAAUGGACUAUUUUGAUGACAGCAUUUCCUUUUUUUGGAGAAAAUGUUGCCAUGGAUGUUUUCAUCCAGACUUGCUGACAGUGGCAUUACUUUUCCUUAGCCAGGCAAUGCCACGUGAAAUUUUUUGCCUCCUUUGGUAACUGCUGUAUGUAUGUCUUUGAACUGUUGGUAAGAUUCAGCCAAAAUUCCCAACUGUAGAGACGCUUUUGCCAAAGCACGGUUUCUCCCAGUUUAAUGUUCCGUGUCCUGUCUUUAUUGUUUGACAAGACUUCAUUUCAAAGGCUUUGCAAACUAUGGUUGGCCAUGUCACUAUAUUGGUGUCUGUCUUGAUUUCAGCAAGAUGUUGUGGAAAUGGUUGUUCAGUAUUUGACCGAACUGUAGGUGUAACUGGCUUCUGGUUGAUAUUUUUACUGAAACCUAAAACUGCAGCCAAGAUUCCUGCACUGACGGAUGAAGAAUUGAAGCCUCUGUGGGGAACACUUUCUAAUGAUUUUCUUCAUUUUCAUGGAUUUAAAGCAAGUGGUUUCCUCUCUGCUUGCAGCUUGAGUGAUUGAUCUUCAGAUGAUCGGACGGGAAGGAUUAAAAUGUUUUCAGAAAAUUUGUCUGCAGAAUUUAAAAUGAUAACUUGAAGGCUGGUGGCAUUGUUUCGCUGUCAGCACAGUUGACUUUUUACACUGUCUAUGUCGCUGUGCUUAUUUGAAACUGCUAGCCUUGACAAAACGGCCUUCUGAUGAUAAACCAGUCCUUCAGCAUUAGGAGUAUAGUGUCUUAUAACAACCACAUAAAUCCUCAGAUAUACAAAGGUACUAAUGCACUUCAUUUAGUUUAACUAGCAAGGCAACUCUAAAGAGGCAGAUUUUAAUAAACCAGUGUCCUUUUUAGAGGAAUGUAGAUUACUUGUGCCACAUCACAAUCCAUUUAUGUUUGACAAGAAGGAUCGUCCCAUUUCAGCUCAGAAAUUCUUUCAUUGUACUGGUAUUCACAACUGUUUUAGCAAUCUUCACUAAAGUUUGCACUGUUGGAGUGGGUGUAUGUGUUUUCUACAUUACUUUUGAUCUUGUACAUUUGCGAAAACAUGACUGGAAACUCUCUGUUCUCACGAGUAAUGACAAGCUCUUUAACGUGUAUGUCCUUCAUAGUAGUUCUUUUUUUUGUUGUUAUUAUUAAUGUAAGUCCUACUGAUACUCCAAAGAAUUCAUCCUUCCGAGUCAUCCUUUUUUUUUUGUUAAAUGUAAGCAGGGGGUGUUACGAAUGUACAGGGAGCAUCACAUGCUGUGUAAUAAAACAUCUAACGAAGAACACUGUUUACAGCCGACAAUUUGGCACGAAUAUCUUGAAAUCCAUUAGUGUUCAAAAACAUCUCACCUUGUACUGAUGUUUAGUGUCAUAUUUGUUGUGGGUGAUCACCUGCAAUUACUGUCUCAAGAUAAAGCACUAAAGUGAGAUCCACGUUUGUGACAUUUUUCUCACUUGUAUCAAGUAUUAAUGUCCCAACUUUGUCAAACGUAUAAUUCUAUAGCGAAGUACUUUUAAAUUUUAAACAAAGCCAAUGUAGUAGAUGUAUUGAAAGUGUGAGAGAGGAAAUUAAAUGCUUGAUUUUGAUAUUUACCUCUUGUGUGGUCGAACAAAAUGGAGACUUUAGGGAGGUCACGAUAACCCAACUAAACAUUAUGCAAUGCUUGCUUAUGUUGAGCUUGUGAUUGUAACAUUUUUAGUGCUCUGUCAUUUGAAGACACCUGUGUGCUGCCUGCAGGAGUCUAAAGUAGUGGUCACAUACUGUUUUUGUUUUCAAUCUGCAGGCAGUAGAACUGAUUUGUUGUGAUUAGCUACCACAUGUGAAUUACAUUAGCAACAGAAAAGUUAAUUGUGUGAAUAUGAGCUGAUGCACUUGUUACCCUGUGAUUUCAAUAAUUAUUCAAAUGGAUGAGCAACUAAACUGUUCAAAUAAACAGAUUUUCAUGCGUGUCUUA